AGGAGGAAGAAAGAAAAAAAGGAAAAAAGGAGGACUUUCCCCUGGCUCUUAUCUGGGGGAAAAACAGCCACAUAGUUCGUCGCACUGUUCGUCAACUUGAAACUUUCACCGGCAUCUUCGGCUGGAGAGAAAAUCUGCCGUGAAGGCGGGUUUCCUCUGCAUUUUCCGUCUGGGAUUAAGUUCUGUAUGGAAACAAAUGAUAUUUGAACCCGCAGAGAGGAGCGGAGAGAGAGGAGGGAGUGCCACAGAAAUCUUAAAGGUUUAAUCCGGGAAGAAAAAGCAAGUUCUUGAGGCGACUUUGCAGUGAACAAGAGGACACUGAAACAGAAAAAGACACAAGUAAUAUUAGUGAUAAUAAAAUUAUGGCGUUGAAGGCCAGAGUGUUGUACGACUUCCACUCUGAAAACCCAGGGGAGAUCUCCAUAACAGAGAAUGAGCUGGUGACCCUGUUCAGCGAGGAGGAGCUGGAGGGCUGGCUGGAGGGGGAGAACAGCAGGGGGGAGACUGGCCUCUUCCCCGCCUCCUAUGUGGAGAUCGUCAAGGAUCACAUCACCUCCAAUAGUAACAACAACAGCUUCUCCUCGCCCAAAACCAAAGCCCUGCCACCCACCCAGACCUCCUUCACAUCUCCUGACUCCCAGCCGCAGAGGGGACUCGGGGCCGGCAGUGGCGGGAGUGGUGGAGGCAGCUUCCACACCAGUCAGGGCAGUGACGACGACUGGGACGACGACUGGGACGACGGCUCUCCUGCUACCGAUGCGCCUCAGGGUCUUGGUAGCACGCCCCCCUUGCACCCAGUGACCACCUCCUUGCCUGCACGCCGUGGGUGUGCCCAGCAGCAUCAGCAGCAUGCCAAGAGCUCGGCCACGGUGGGGAGGAACCUCAACAGGUUCUCCACCUUUGUCAAGUCCGGAGGCGAGGCCUUCUUGCUCGGGGAGGCCUCUGCUUUUGUGAAGGAUGGGGACAGGAUCUGUGUGGUGAUGGGGAAGCACGGGCCCGAAUGGCAGGAGGAUCCAUACCCGUUCACGUGCACCAUUGACGACCCCACCAAGCAGACCAAGUUCAAAGGCAUGAAGAGCUACAUGUCCUAUGGCCUGACCCCAACGCACACAAAUGUACAAGUCAACCGCAGGUAUAAACACUUCGACUGGCUGUACGCUCGGCUCGUGGAGCGUUUCCCUGUCAUCUCAGUGCCCCACCUGCCGGAGAAGCAGGCCACCGGACGCUUCGAGGAGGACUUCAUCUCCAAGAGGAGGAAGGGUCUGAUCUGGUGGAUGAACCACAUGACCAGCCACCCUGUGUUGGCGCGUUGUGAUGUUUUCCAGCAUUUUCUAACGUGCGGGGUAGAUGAGAAGGCCUGGAAACAGGGCAAGAGGAAGGCAGAGAGGGACGAGCUGGUCGGGCCCAAUUUCUUCCUCACGAUCAGCACACCUGCUGUCCCUCUGGAUCUCCAGGAAGUCGAGAGCAAAAUCGAAGGCUUCAAGACCUUCACCAAGCGGAUGGACGAGAACAUCGUUGUCGUGAACACCACCAUCAACGAGUUCGCCCGCAAGCAGAUGGCAGGGUUCAAAAAGGAGUACCAUAAAGUGGGACAGUCCUUCAAAUUCCUGGCACAGGCAUUCGAUCUGGACCAGCAGGCCUACUCAGCGGGCCUGAACAAGGCCAUUGCCUACACUGGCGAGGCCUACGAGGCGAUAGGAGAGUAUUUUGCUGAGCAGCCACGCCAAGACCUGGAUCCUAUUUCUGACCUGCUGGAUCUCUACAGAGGACACCUGGCCAAUUUUCCUGACAUCAUCCAUGUACAGAAAGGUGCACUGACCAAGGUGAAAGACUGUCCUAAGCAGGAAGGUGAGCUCCACGACCGCUGCAACAUUAUUUCCUGCGCCACACUGGCAGAGAUCCAACACUUCCACCGCACACGUGUACGGGACUUCCGCUCGCAGAUGCAGCACCACCUCCGUCAGCAGAUCGGCUUCUUCCAGAAGAUCACUGCCAAGCUGGAGGACGCGCUUCAGAGAUAUGACGAUGAGCAGUAGGAAUAGAGGGAGAAGUUGCACUGCAAAGGCCUUUAGGAAGUGGGGGGAGGCCUGAAGGGGGAAGCAGACAGUGUUGAUUGAUGGGUUCGUCCUCUGGUAAUGGAGAACAUCUUAACAUCUUGUAAGAGAGAAAACCUUGGAGACUUGUGUUGUCAUGGGACCUGAGCCUGGUAUGAAUGUUGGAAGAAAUAUACCACUCUGUAGAAAAAUAUAGGCCACUGGACUGUGGAAUGACAACUUCUUGUAUUAUCCGGACAGCUCUGAUGAAUGUACCAGUAACAGGGAUUUUUGUUGACGCUCCAGGCACAUCUUUCAAAUCAGCGGGACUGCACAGAUAUUAAAAACAGCUGCUCUCAAUAUGAUGGGGAUGCCUCUGGAUUCCCGGUUUGAGAGUCAUGUAAUCUCUCCAAUCCUCCACUGCCUCACCACUUCAUGGAAACCCUCCAUCCGGGAACAUGGUAACCCCACACAAAUAUACGUAGAUAAGAAAUUCCCUAAAUCACUUAAACUGGAUCUUUUAAUGAUUGAAAGACACAAUAAAUGUAAUCUAUCUCUAUAUGUCAUUGUUUUUACUUGAAUUACCUGCUCAGUAUUGCUUUUUAUGUGAUUAUAGUGCAUUUCAAAUUCUUCUGAGGACAUAGUUUUUUGUCACAAAAAAUUAGACAAUCAUAGUGAAUACUGGUGCAGUCAGUAUUGUGGUUUUAGCCCAUUCAUGUCAGUGUCGCUGAGGUGAAUACUCCAACUUUGGGGGAGCCAAAGUCAGAUUUUUUUUUUUUCGUCUUAUAGUGGCUUUAAGGUUGGUUUCCCUAUCCUACAUGUUAGCCUGCUACUUCAAAACAUUCUUUUGAACCAAUCAGUAACCAAAAUAAGAUCCCAGUACUGUUUGUUGUGAGUCCCCAGUUGAUUACAGUAUUUUUGUUGUUGAAGGAUACCACUGUUCUCUGUGGUUUGCAAAAUUUCUGCAACCAGAAACCUUUUCAAUAAAAGCUGAUAUUCUGAAUACUUUUACCAGGCAGCAUCCUGCACUGAUUUAAUGAGCCUCACCCAUAGAGCAGCUCCUUCAUAAAAUCAGCAGCGGGUUCCAAGAUAAACAUGUAUCAAACAGUCAGAGGGAAGUUUGUGAUCUGGUAUAUUUAACCAAUAUGCUCCCUAAAGAAAUAGGGAAAAAAUGAGGAUUAAUUACUGAGAUAAUCAACUGAAUAUAUUACAGUGGUUUACACUGUAAAUGUUAUAGUAUCUAGUGCUGUCACAUAGUAUUUCUGGUAAAUGUUUCAGUUUCAGGUCUGACUUGACAUUCCUUUCCUGGGAAGUUACUUUAGAGGUUUAUAAUAGGGUGAGCGACCAGCCUGUUUGUUGUUCCCAACAGCUUUUUUUCUUUUCUUCAGAAACAGAUAAUUAACUAUGAUGAAACUGUUUCUUAACACUUUUAAAUGUAACACAGUGGGACAGCAUUCCAGUAAAUACAUGAAAGUAGAAUGUGUUUCAGUCAUUUAUUUCCAUUUCUUUUUCUUUUUUUUAUGUUGUUAAAUGUAAAUGCCAUAAACACCAUUCUCAGAGAAAAGCCCCUAUGCUGGUAAAGAAACAUUCUGAUCUGCCUGUUAUUGCUAUUAAAACCAAGAAUGCCAUGACAACACCACAAACUACGACUAACAUUUCUAACUUCUGAUUUUUUUGUGAAUGAAUUUGUGCAAGAAUAAAUCACAAAAUCCAAAUAUAAUGCUAUUUUUAAAAUUACAUUAGACAAUAAAAGUCUAAACACAGUGUCACUAAGGGCAUGACAGUGCCAAACAAAUGACUUUAAUGCUGCAACAACAUUCUGAACAAGUUUGAGUACUAAUGUCAUAUCACUUUGCAAUGGAGAAGAGCAUAUUUUAUUUAUAUGAAAAUGUCAGGUCAUUUCAUAAAAUCACUUUCUCAUUUUGUCAUUAAAAAGCCUGGUGUGCCAUUCCUCCAACCUUUGUCGAACUAUGUACAAAUUAUUCUGCAAAUAUGACAUAUUUUUAGUGAAGUUAUGUCAGGCCAGUAUAGAAAUUGUAUUCUGUAUUCUGUGUGUUGUCAAGUGCAAAGUUUUGCCAAAGAGUAGCAUGUUCUCACUUGUUUUUGCUGUGGAAGCAGCAGCAGUCCGAUCCCUGAUAUCUGACACCAGAGUUCACAGACUGCAGGUCAAGUUACUGCAGCCACAGGCCCUCCAUUAUUUAGGCUUAGCCUCUUUCUCCUCUCCCAUUUCUUGUCAUUUUCCUCUUCACUGUUUUUUCAGUUAUCAUUUUAUUUGAUUAUACCAAAUCUUUUUGUUUAUAACGAUAUUAUGAAGAUUGGGGUUAAUCAGGAUAUAUUGUCCUACUUCAUGCAAAAAAACAAAGCCUUCUGGUGGUGCAUAGACUGGUCAAUAUACAUCUGGAAACAUGUUUUGAAUACUGACUUAAAAUAACAAAGACUUUUUCUUUUUGUGUUUGACUGUUGAUUGGCUCUGUUGGCUGAAGCCUACUUUUGCAAGUUACAUACAACCUAGAAGUGGGUUUAUGUAACUGUCACACAAUUGUGAGUUUUACUGGCAUUUUUACGUGUUCAGAUACUCGGCUUUUAAUGGCCAUCGCCAAUGUCACCAGAUGGACACUGUUGGUCAUUAACACUGCAAAAAAUAUUGCACGAAAGAUGAAUUUGGAUCCUCUGUCUUGGUUUGCAGUUCCAUUGACAGUUCAUUGCAUUUAUGUGUUUGAGUUGAACACACACACAAGUCUUUAAGACAUAUCUUUUAAUAAAAAUAAAUCUUUCACAGCACAUGGUAAACGGAUGCAGGCAUAAAAUGGGUCAAAAGUGAAAAAGAUGCUGAAGUCAAUCCAGAACUGGGAAAGUUACCUAUGUCUUUACAUCUCACUAUGA